CUGUUCUCGUUAUGUGCUUAUCAAAGUUCUAAUUUAGGUGAUAGACGUUAGCGCAAUUAGCAUGAUUCUGAACUCGACACCUUUUUGAUCAUUUCGUCCUUGUACCUCUCUCGUAUUUGAUAUAUUUGUCGUUGCAUUUUUCGUUGGCAUGUAUGCGUGUAUUUGACAACGAGGUGAAUUUGUCCCAAGUACCUCACCUCUCUAUUCUGCCAAUUCGAAUUUUCAACCUUUCAACUUGAAAACCUUUUCGCCGCCGUUGUCCUCACUCAUGAAUCUAUAGAAGUUCUUCGCGCCCCCCCUACGACUUUAAGCCCCUAACGGCGCCCAUCUCGAAAUAAGGGUUGUGCCGUCCACCUCAAUCUUGAGCAACCCUUUGCGCGCCUCUCGUUCUUGUCGACUAGGUCGCUCUAGUAUUUCGAAUGUUACCCUCAUAUGCAUCCUCGACCAGUUCCAAGAUGAUGCCCAGGCAUCAUUCCUCUGGAUUUUCCAAUGGUUACCCACGCAAUACCAAUACCUUCGAUAUCUCUCCCCAUAGGUUUCAACCUCGCGCCUCAACACCUGCCGCUCGUCGACGAAGGAAUCUACUGACGCGAUUGGGUAUAAGCAUUGUUGUUAUUGUGUUAAUUUGGUUUUUUAUCCGACCAGGGAGUGGAACAUUUACUUCUCUAUUCUCUCUGGGUCUUCUAAGUUCAAGUGGAGAUGUUUUGAUGGACACCGUGCGCUACUACGAUCUUUCAAACGUCCAGGGUACCGCUCGUGGUUGGGAAAGAGAAGAACGUAUCCUACUAUGCGUUCCACUUCGAGAUGCCGAACCCCAUCUCAACAUGAUGUUUUCUCACCUCCGAAACUUUACAUACCCUCAUCAUCUUAUCGACCUCGCUUUCCUCGUUUCCGACUCGAAAGACAGGACAUUAGAAGUGCUUGUGGAGAAGCUGGAAGCGUUGCAAGCCAGCGAGGACCCAAAACUGCCUUACGGAGAAAUAUCUAUCAUCGAAAAGGAUUUUGGUCAGAAGGUCAAUCAAGAUGUCGAGAGUCGUCACGGGUUUGCUGCGCAGGCAAGUCGCCGAAAGUUGAUGGCGCAGGCACGUAACUGGCUUCUGAGCGCAACUCUCCGUCCGUAUCAUUCGUGGGUUUACUGGAGGGAUGUUGACGUCGAGACUGCACCGUUUACCAUCCUGGAGGACUUGAUGCGUCAUAAUAAGGAUGUUAUCGUGCCUAACGUUUGGCGGCCACUGCCUGAUUGGCUUGGUGGCGAGCAGCCCUACGAUUUGAAUUCUUGGCAAGAAUCGGAAACGGCAUUGGCACUUGCUGAUACACUUGAUGAAGACGCCGUGAUCGUGGAGGGAUAUGCCGAAUAUGCUACUUGGCGACCUCAUCUUGCUUAUCUCCGUGAUCCUUACGGUGAUCCGGAUAUGGAAAUGGAAAUCGAUGGUGUAGGAGGUGUUAGUAUUUUAGCCAAGGCGAGGGUUUUCAGAUCGGGUGUCCACUUUCCCGCCUUUAGUUUCGAAAAGCAUGCAGAAACUGAAGGAUUCGGCAAGAUGGCCAAGCGUAUGCAAUUCUCCGUGGUUGGGCUUCCUCACUACACAAUCUGGCAUUUGUAUGAGCCUAGUGUUGACGAUAUCCGGCACAUGGAGGAAAUGGAAGCAGAGCGCCAGGCUAAGGAAGCCGAAGAAAAAGAAAGGCAAGAACGGGAGAAGAAGGUCAAAGAGCAGUUUAGUGAUACUAAUGCUCAAUGGGAGCAAGAUAAAUCCCAAAUACAAAACUUGGCUAAGGAAGCCCAACAAGAGAGGGAAUCCGAGAGUCAACAAGGGUCAAACCAGGACUCGAAAGCAGCAGCAGCAGCAGCAGCACCAGCACCAGCACCAGCAGGGGAGAAGGCAGGGGAGAAGUCCAACAAUAACAAUAACAACCAAUUUAGGGUAGAGGCCUAAGUAAUGAUAUCAGGUAGGAUAUAACGACUGACGGCCAGGGGAUUAUAGUGAAGCUUCUCGUCGCGCUUCCAAACUCACUAUGCAUUCGGUAUGUGGGAGAUAAAAAAAUCAUUCGGGGGCAAAGGGGAAGGAUAGGGGCGCACACAUGUGAUCACCCGGUCGCUUGUACAAUACCAAGGACCAUGGCGAGGAUCCUGGCACUGGCGUUUUUUUUGGUUGUGUCCGAUGCAUGAUUACGAAGCAUGGGAUAUCUCUAAACGCGGCAAUGGAACCGCGUUGUUUGAUUGUAUAGAUUGGCCCUUGGGGCUAUAUUACUUUAUUACCUAGUAGAUAUUCUUUUUCGAGUUGGAGCUGAGCCGGCGUUGUCAUCUUGUGCGCUGAAUGAUGCCUUAUUCAAAAUAAUAUAGUCACGAAAUGAACUCUGACGACAUUCAUAAUACUA